AGCUUGUCACAGUAAUUGGCUAUGAUGAUGUCAGAUCGUCCUUAUCAGGUUGACAGAUCGAGGCUUGAUGGGAAUAUUUCGAGCAUCUAAAUUUGAGAUGUAUUUUUCCCUCAAAAGAGAGUACCAGCCAUUGGUUGAUUAUAUUCUUUAUAGAAUCAAUGUAUAAUUGGCAAAGAAAGGAAUUGCUUUUCCGGGAGGACUUAUAAUACUAAACCUCAAGGACUCGUCUUGCGGCUGAGAAUAACCUCAUCCUCGUUGGUGAACAAAAUUCCAUCCUCUCGGAGGGAGGUUCAAUCAUAUUCAUAUUAAUCAUCAAACAUAUAUUCAAAUAGCCCUCGCAUCCCCCUCAAAUCAACAUACCCCGGGGCCCGGCCAACACAAUCCACAUUAUUAUGACAAUUACUUCGAUGGGUUUUGGCAUCUUUCUUGCUGUCCUUUCUUCCUUGUCUUGUGCUCGCUCUUGCACAUUCACCAUCACAAACAAUUGCCCGCAUCCCGUAUGGCCCGGUACGCUGGCUGGCGCUGGCACACCUCCACUUCCGACGACCGGAUUCCGGUUGGAGUCAGGCCAAAGUGUUAGAAUUCCAUCCACUCCAGGAUGGUCAGGACGAAUAUGGGCAAGGACCGGAUGCAGCUUCGAUCCAUCGGGAAUCGGCAAGUGCGAAACAGGGGACUGUGGGGGAAGGCUGGAAUGCGACGGCAAUGGUGCCACUCCACCUGCUUCGCUCUUUGAGAUCACAGUAGGGAGUGGGGAGGAGAAAGACUUCUACGAUGUCAGCAUUGUGGAUGGCUAUAACUUGCCGCUCCUCGUCGUGCCUCGAGGUGUCUAUGGACCGUGUAAUGCCACAGGCUGCGCUUCAGAUCUUAAUUUAGGUUGCCCAAAAGAGCUGCAAGUAGUACUGGGGGGGGACGGUGGACAACAAGGUCAAGGGGGAGUGGUGGCAUGCAAAAGCGCUUGCGAGGCGUUCGGGCUUGACCAGUACUGCUGUAGUGGACAAUUUUCAAACCCCAACACGUGCCACCCCUCUAUCUACUCCACCAUUUUCAAGCAUGCAUGUCCAAGGGCAUAUAGUUAUGCUUACGAUGAUGGGACUAGCACAUUUACCUGCAAAGCUUACGACUAUGAAAUUGUUUUUUGCCCCAGCGUCAAUGGAACGAAGAAAGCAUCAAAUGAAACAAUAGCCACUCCACACAUUGAAGAGCCGAGCAGUGGGGAGCUCAUACAUUUGGUUUCUUCAUCGAACAUUCUUCUACCCUUUCCUCUGGCAAUUAUAUUCAUCCUCAUCAACUUACUCUCCUGAUUUGCGCGGCCAAGGCCUUCUGGAAUCAUGAUAUUUCAGCAACCGGACUUGAGCCUCAGGUUGGUGAAAUCAAAUGGAUUGCAAAUUUGUAUGGACUUGAGGGAAUUGGGGGACAGGGCUACCAGUUUUAGUGAAAUUGGUCUAAAGUUUCUUGGAUGCCCGUGAAUGGUGGAUAACUGGGAAUAAAAAAUUGUAGUGCUCGGUUAUAAAUAGAAAUGUUAUUAAAUAAUUAAUUAAUUCUAUUUAUUUAAAACCAACUUUUUGCUUAAAAAGUGGUGAGUUGGG